CGGGAUCUGGUCUUGGCCACAUCAAGCGCCACACUCAAAUUCAGCUGUGCACGAGGGUGCUUUAGGUAGGUACUUCGUACCGCACUUGCACAAACCCCGUUGGCCGGUCAAAGUGCGUGUCAUCGUUGUAAACAUCUACCAACCAAGUUGAACCAACAAACAACCUCGAAAUGCCACAAACUGUCUUCCUCAGGUCAAAAUAAUGCCAGCCACCUCAUUCAUCGAUACUCUACAAAUAACACACACAUAUGUCUCACCUGCUGUGAUGUGCUACUGCUGUUCCGUGUAGACUCAUCUCCCCUCAUGCGGAAACCAGGCGACAUUUAUAGCUUUCAGCCGAGGAACAACCUAACUUCGACCGAUCCACCUAUCCACCACAUAUCCCAGGACAGCAGCGGCAAGCUUGAUACCUACAGUUGCCUCGACAAGGUACCUCGCCAACCCUUCACCGACUUCUGCCUUGUUUCACAGAGUCGAUUCCCCCUCACUAUGGUGCAGGAACAAGCACCGCCCAAGGCGCCCUUCCGCCCUUGGGGAACCAACGAAUCAAAUGGUGCCGCCGGCGUACAGCCUGUCGCCUCGAGGAAGGAACGGUCUGGCGUUCCUCCCGCCUCAAAUACACCAGGCUUCGCCAACCCCUCCAACUCGUUUUCUCUCCCCCGCCCCGCGGUGAAGGAAAGAGUUUACUCGGGAGGCAGUAUGGAUGACAAAUACGCAAACUUGUUCGUCCAGCCGAAGAACCGUCCAGAACACCAUCGUCCACAACGAAUAAACGGCCCGCUCCAGCCUUCCUUCAAGGACAAGAAGCCUUCCUCAAAUCCCAUGUUUGCUUCGGUGCCUGGCCCGGUCGGUUCGGCCAGUAAUCCUAUAACAUUGGCGGAUCGUGGCACUAUUUCCAACUACAGCCAACCGGGUGUCUUUGCUGAGUACGUGGACCCAAAGAAAGCCGCAGCCGAUAUCAAAGCUCUCCUGGAGGGCUCUUUGGAGGACGAUGAUGAAAAGCUUCCAAAGGACCAAAUUACCGAAGACAAGGCUCGGAUUGAAGGGCUCAAAGUUCGACUCCUGCCUCAUCAGAUCGAAGGAGUUGAAUGGAUGAAGAAUCGAGAGCUCGGCCCCGUUAAGAAGGGCAGAGUGCCUAAAGGUGGCCUUCUGGCUGAUGAUAUGGGUCUCGGGAAAACAUUACAGUCUAUAUCACUGAUUCUCACGAACUCGAAGCCAACUGAUAAGCACCCCGGCGUCGAGAAGACGACUCUAGUGGUUGCACCCCUGGCCUUGAUCAGACAGUGGGAAGCUGAACUGAAAGAAAAAGUUGAAGACUCCCACAGACUUAAAGUUCUUGUUCACCAUGGACCCCAGCGCACCAAAAGCUUCGAGGACCUUCGUCGAUACGAUGUUGUCAUCACUACCUACCAAAUUCUUGUCUCGGAACAUAACCACUGUAAUGGUAGUGUAAAAGCAGGAUGCUUUGGCUUACAUUGGUACCGGGUCAUUCUUGACGAAGCACAUACCAUCAAAAACAGAAAUGCCAAAGCUACAAAAGCCUGCUACGAGCUGCGAAGUGUAUAUCGAUGGUGCUUGAGUGGCACACCAAUACAGAAUAACCUGGAUGAGCUACAGAGCUUGGUCAAGUUUUUGCGCAUCAAACCCUACGACGACCUGCGCGAGUGGAAGGAUCACUUUGAUCUACCAAUGAAGAACGGCAAGGGCCAUAUUGCCAUCAAGCGAUUACACAGUGUAUUGCAAUGCUUCAUGAAACGCAGGACCAAGGACAUUCUAAAACAGGACGGAGCUCUUAGCACAGGGCCAAGUGAAAGUGCCGGUGACAAGAGCGCAACAUCUAGCUUUAAGGUCACAGAACGCAAAGUCGUGGCUAUUGCUGCUCAGUUUGCCCCUGCCGAGCGACGGUUCUAUGACCGCCUGGAGCAGCGGACAGAUAAGAGCCUAGAAGCAAUGAUGCGUGUUAAGGUAAAUUAUGCCAGCGCUUUGGUACUUUUGUUGCGACUCAGGCAAGCAUGCAACCACCCAAAAUUAGUAGAAGGCAAGUUAGAGAAAGACAAAGAUGCACUAUCGGAGGAAACUCGGCCGAAGAAGAACGAUGCAGACGUCGAUGCUCUGGCGGACUUGCUCGGUGGGCUCGAUGUUCAGGCUAAGCAUUGCGAAAUCUGUGGCUGGGACCUCGACGGAGAACAUCGUCAGGCGGGUACCGACAAAUGCAAAGCAUGCUUCGAGGACCUGGAGUACUUCAAACACCACGAAGAGGGUGGUGAUUUGAAGACACCCAAAGUGAGAACCAGAAACAAAAAGAAGACCAAGAAAAACCAGAAGGCCGCGAAAAAGGAGCCUAAAAUGGAGCAAGCCGAAGCCGAGACGUUCGUCAAACGAAGACCUAGGAAUCGGCGCGCUAUCAUCGAUUCCGAUGAAGAAGAAGAGGAAGGCGAAUGGGUUGUUUCUGGCGAUGAGCAAGGAUCGCUUCGCUUAGGCAAAGCUGGCGGCACUGAUGAUGAAAAUGCCGAGGGUGAAGGCGAGACGAUCAAUACCGAAGAUUCCGAGGAAGAGGAAUCACAAGGAGGCAGUCGUUUGAAUAGUUUCAUCGUUGAUGAUGGGGAGGAUACAAAGCCCGAAGAUCUGAAAAGAGCCAUAGAAGACUCAGGUUCGGACGACGGCGAUCUUGGGUCGGUUACAGCCAUGCACGCUCGGCUUUCACAAAAACCCUCCCAAGCAUCCGAACAGACCGAUGAGGGGAGCGAUGCUGACACGGAAUCUGAUAAUGAAUCAGACUCUGUGAGUGAUGAAGGUAUUUCCGAGUCAGAACUAUACGACGACUCAGAUACCGAGAGUUCUUUCUUCCGUGGUCAGCAGGAUAAACGCCAGCAAGUGCCACAUGUACUUGCCUCAGCCAAGAUCCGCCAACUGAUAACAAUCCUUCACAAGGAAGUUCAAGAACACAAGUUUAUCGUUUUCUCGCAGUUCACAUCAAUGUUGGACCUUGUCGAGCCUUUCCUUCGCAAGGAGGGUCUCAAGUAUGUACGGUACGAUGGUGGGAUGAAGAACGACGCGCGCGAGGCAUCGCUUCAUAGCCUGCGCAAUGAUAAGAGCACGCGCGUGUUGCUUUGCUCACUACGAUGCGGCGCACUGGGUCUGAAUCUUACUGCUGCGUCACGUGUCGUUAUCCUCGAACCUUUCUGGAACCCCUUCGUUGAGGAACAAGCCAUUGAUCGAGUGCAUCGCCUCACACAGACCGUGGAUGUUAUCGUGUACAAGCUCACAGUUGAGAACACAGUCGAGGAACGUAUUCUAGAGCUCCAAGAGAAGAAGAGGCUGCUCGCUGAAACGGCCAUCGAGAGCGGUGCCAAGAAGGAGUCGCUCAAGCUUGGCUUGAAAGAGAUGCUUGACCUCUUCAAGCACAUGAGUAGUGGUGGUAGUCGUCGUCGGGAAGACCACGACAGCAGCAAAAAUCGUGAUCUUGACUCAGCCGACAAUAGUCUCGUCAGCGUCGCUAGCGAUGCCUCAUCAAGCCGACAGAGCAUGCGGGGUAGCUCGUCGAAGCCGCAGCGUAACCAGGAAAGCGAGGUUUGGGGACGUCGGUGGUGAACAACCCCAAGAUCUACUGUUUGCAUGAUGUAACGACGGAACGCAAGGUGUUAUGGGGU